AUGCCUCACAUCUUCCCACAGGCGGUCGUCACAACGAAUGGAUUCGUAUUCUGCUCUGGCUCCAUCGCCAUGGAUCCCAAGACUCUCAAAGUCAUCGAUGGAGAUAUUCAAGCCCAUACACAUCAAGUGAUCCGCAAUCUUUCAGCUGUGCUCGAAGCAGCGGGGAGCAGCUUGAAGAAAAUCGUGAAGAUCAACAUCUUCCUCGACGAUAUGGACAAUUUCAACAAGAUGAAUGAAGUCUACACGCAGUAUUUCACGGAGAAUCUACCUUGCCGCACAUGCGUUGCUGUCAAGACAUUACCUCUCAAGACAGAUAUCGAGAUGGAGUGCACGGCUAUGCUCUAG